AUGUGGUUGUCGAGGACUAUGCAACUUGUUAUUUCUGUUGCCAUAUUAGGCAAGCCUGGGGCGAGUUCCAGUUAUGAUGCUAGGUUAUGUGGAGAGGGCAGUUACACUACUCCUAAUACCAACUUGACAUAUGUUCCGAACGCCUGGAACCCGGAUGCCCCAGGGUUCCAAUGUAUCAUGAUCAAGGAUAAACCUCCAUCUUUUGACGCCACUUGGAAUUGGUCGGCCGAGGCUGGCACAGUUCACUCUUAUCCCCACGUCAAGUUGACAGACUCCACUUUCCCAGUUCCCUUGACUAACAUAUCGGCGCUUGUUCUUACGGCCCAGUGGUCCAUGGGACUGGGAUCGACGCCAAAGCCAAUUCCAAGCCUUGAUUCUAUAGCGCUAUCUCAAGAAGACGUGUUCGCCAACGUUGCUUUUGACCUUUUUGUCGAUCACAAUCCGCCGGAGUCUCAAGGGGAAACCUCAGCUGAGACGGAAGUCAUGAUCUGGCUCGGAAUGUUUGGUUAUGCAUAUCCUCUUGGAUACAAACGCCCCGCAAAGUGUCGUGUAACAAUGACCAUAGGACAUGUUGAGUUUACACUUUACUAUGGCAAAAACCAGAGAGGAACUCAUGUGUUUACCUGGCUCACGGAGGUCCCCGAGACGAGCUUCGCGGGGGAUGUGUCUCCCCUACUGCAGUUCCUUUGGAUGAACGAUCUUGUGUCUCGGCGCGCAUAUUUGGGGCUGGUUGGCUUUGGUACCGAGACCUGGCACUCCAAGGGGAAUGUGACAUUCUCGGCACGAAAAUAUGGCCUUGACGUACUCGUCGGCCCUCCGCCGGUCCUCGAUCUCCCCCCCGCCCCGGACUGCCUCACCAGUUCCGGCGUCAUUGCUGCUGCUUACAUCACUUCGCGGAAACUGUUUGCCAUAGUCGCUGGAACUGUUUGCUUUGACCUCCAGCUACCGCCAGUCUUUCCUGCUCCCUUCAGACCUCUUCCUCAUGUUCCAGGCCGGACGCCUAGACAAGCCACCAGUGCAACGGCCCAGGACCAGCUUCAUGGGGAGCUUAAUGAGAAAUCAGCAUUCUCUUCUGACGAUGGAGUCUUUCAAUCCGGAAUUAGACAGGAUCACCCGUCUUCUAUUGAACAGGCUUCAACCAAGGCCAGCAUCCUCAAGCGUGCCUAUAAAGCCUUCCGGAGGACAUAUUGUCCGGGAGGGGAACCUCCGCUAGUACUUCCUUCAGCACCGACUGACGAGGAGAAACUCAAGUACAUCGAGACAAACCGCAUUCCACUCUACAUCUUCGGCGUCUUCUCUUUCUUGUCCCUAUCAGCCGGCAUGUGGCUCUUCGCCAUAUGCGACCCAAUCUUCUCCUGGUACGGCAUCUUCGUCACUUUCCUCAACAUCUAUCUCAUGAUCUCGUACUUCGUUGGCUUGAUUGGACGAGAUUGGGAUUACGAAUCCCAUCUGCGAAUACGGGAGCAGCACCCAAUCACCGACGAAACUGCCCCAACAGUGGACAUCUAUCUGCCCUGCUGCUCCGAGCCCCUCGAGAUCUUAGAAAACACCUGGAGCCACAUCAUUCGUCUCGACUGGCCUGCCCACAAGCUCAAAGUCUACGUUCUUGACGACGGCGACCAGCCUGCAGUGCGCGAUCUUGCCGCCCGCUUCGGCUUCAACUAUAUCGUCCGCGACGACCGGCCACGCCUGCGCAAGGCAGGCAACCUUCGCUGGGCAUUCGCCCGCACAGAGAGCGACUUCUUUGCAAUCUUUGACGCAGACUUCUGUCCUCGGCCCGAUUUUCUCAGGGAGCUGAUGGUCGAGCAUCUCGCGGACGAAAAGACGGCGAUCGUGCAGAGCCCUCAGUACUUUCGUGUCACGGAUGACCAGACGUGGAUCGAACAGGGUGCGGGCGCAACGCAAGAGCUGUUCUAUCGUGUGGUGCAGGUUAAUAGGAACCGGUGGGGGGCAUCGAUCUGUGUAGGGAGUAAUGCCGUGUACAGACGGGCGUCGUUGGUCGAGGUUGGUGGGACGGCGGAGAUCGGGUUUUCUGAGGAUGUCCAUACUGGGUUUGGCGCUGUUGAUCGAGGUUGGAAGGUCAAAUACGUCCCUCUCUGUCUAGCGACGGGCAUCUGCCCGAACACCCCACGCUCCUUUUUCUCACAGCAGAUGCGCUGGGCGCGCGGAAGCACCACGCUCCUGACAACCAAGCAUUUCUGGGUUUCCAACUUGACUACCAUGCAAAAGAUGUGCUAUCUCUGUGGCCUGCUUUACUACUCUGCUGUCGCCCUUGGCAUCUUCAUCUCGCCCAUGCCUGGGCCUCUUCUUUUGUUCUUUCGACCCGAAUGGUUCAAAUACUACAACUUGGCCUUCGCCAUUCCAUCCAUCUUCUACGGUCUCAUCCUGUUCCGUUUUUGGGCCAAGGCAAGCUACGGCCUGAACGUGCAACACAUCAUGGUCAUCCAGUCCUAUGCUUAUCUAACGGCUAUCAAGGAUCGUCUUUUCGGCAUCGAGCUUCUCUGGGCUGCAUCCGGGGACAAAAAAGCGCACAAGUCGAACAAGUAUCGCAACAUGAGGAUACUCUGUUGGCUGUGGACACUGACUUGGGUAGGAGCAGUCGUUGCGUCGGUGACCUACAGGCUCCUUACGGGCUUUCCGUGGUACCACACCGUGCCGCUGCUCGUUCUCAGUGCAUACAACUUGUACAUAAGCCACUACUUCAUGUUUGCCUCUUGGAAGUGGUAA